AUGCCGCCAAAGCCUCACACUUUUGUCUGCACCAAGGGCACCAAAUUUCAGCUCAAUGGCGAAGACUUUUAUUUCGCUGGCAGCAAUGCUUAUUACUUUUCGUUCAGCCAGAAUCGGAGCGACAUAGAAGUCGGCUUUCGAGCAGCAAAGGAGGCAGGUCUCAAGGUCAUCCGUACAUGGGGCUUCAACGACAAGAACAGCACUUACCAGCCAAAUGGCUUUCCGAAGUAUGGCGGAGAGGGCGCAGGAGAAACCGAAAUCGUGUUCCAACGGUGGCAAGGCGGCAAGAGCGUGAUCGAUCUCCAGCCGUUUGACGACGUCGUGAGCGCAGCUCUUGCGAACGACAUCAAGCUAAUUGUCGCCCUGACGAACAACUGGGCUGACUAUGGCGGCAUGGACGUGUACACUGUGAAUCUGGGAGGACCAGAUCCGUAUCAUGACGAUUUCUACCGCGUGCCAGCGAUCAAAGACGCCUUCAAGCGAUACAUCAAAGCUAUGGUCUCUCGAUACAAGAACUCGCCUGCGAUUAUGGCGUGGGAGCUUGCAAAUGAGCCCAGAUGUGGCGGAGAUCCCACUCGCAAUCUACCACGCAGUCCUGCAAAUGAUACCAACACAGGUGGUUGCACACCAGGUUUGCUAACUGCGUGGAAGGAUGAAAUGAGCACUUACAUCAAGUCUCUUGACCCCAAUCAUCUUGUUACGACCGGCUCUGAAGGGCAGUAUACCAGAUUCGACCCUGACGAUGUCUUCUAUAACGGCACAGACGGCGGCGACUUCUUGGCUGAGCUCUCAUUACCCAAUGUCGACUUUGGUACUUUCCACUCGUAUCCAGACUGGUGGAGUAAGUCCGUUGAGUGGACCGUGCAAUGGAUCAAAAAUCAUGCAGAGACUGGCGAAACAGCACAGAAACCUGUUGUCCACGAAGAAUAUGGGUGGCUCAACGCUGCCGAUCGUCUUAAAAUCUUCAAGAAGACUACUGCGGCGAACGAGACUCGCUUGGCAGUGAUGAAGCUGUGGCAGGCAACGACGCUUGAACUGAAGGUGUCGGACAUGUAUUGGCAAUUCGGCUACUCGAAUUAUUCAUAUGGCCGCAAUCACGACGAUGGCUUCACGAUAUACUUGGAUGAUGCCGAAGCUCAGGAUUUGGUUUUCCAGCAUGCAGCCCAGGUCAAUGCUUUGAAUGCCGGCUAUAAUAAGCAGUGA